AUGGCCGAGAAAGCAGCAUUCCAAGUCAUUGUCUUGGGCCCAACGGGUGGACCUCGUGAGGAUAAUGUCACAGGCAUCCUUGUCCGAUCGACAGCAACAAAAUGGUCGCCAAACUCGGUGGUGGCUGUCGAUGCGGGCACCCUUCUUGCGGGCAUCAUCCGAUUGCUGGAACGGUCCAUCCCCGAACACAGAAAUGAAAAGGGAAUCUUGACAAGUGGUCCCUUUCAAGGGCUCGAGCUGCCCUUCGAAACAGCACAGGCAAAUGCAGCCCACAUAUUUCGCGACCUCAUUGGUGCGGUUCUCGUCACGCACCCCCAUCUAGAUCAUAUUUCAGCUCUGGCAAUCAACACUCCAAUUCUGGAGGCCGGGAAUGGACCCAAGUCCGUGGCUGCCUUGCCAUCAGUAUUAUCUGCCAUCAAAAACCACAUGUUCAACGAUGUCAUCUGGCCUAAUCUGUCCGAUGAAGAUGGCGGUGCAGGUUUACUCACGUACCAACGCCUAGUGGAAGGAGGAAACCCUCGUUUCGGUCGCGGCGAGAGUAGAGGCUAUGUCAAUGCUUGCAUUGGCUUGCUGACGAAAUGCCUCAGUGUCAGCCAUGGUCGGUGCAAGCAACGAUACAACCCGGAAAGCGAAAGGCACCAUCGAAUCGGAAGUACCGUCUUCGCUGAUCACCAGCUGAUGGUUCCAUCGGUUCCUUCGAGGGCAAUCUCGGUAGAUCAUACCGAGGGCAGUUUCUUCUCGCCCUCUGGCUCACCGCGUCUAAUGCCUUCCAGCCAAAAAGAGCCACCAAUGGCAACAGUCGAAAGCUCAGCCUUCUUCCUGCGCGAUCUCCGCACCGGUUCAGAGAUCAUCGUCUUCGGCGACGUCGAACCAGAUUCCGUCUCCAUGGGGACUUGCAACCGACAAGUCUGGGAAGCCGCCGCCCCAAAGAUCGUCACGGGCAAACUCCGCGCCAUAUUCAUCGAAUGCUCCUACAGCGACAGCACCGACGACGCAUAUCUGUACGGCCACAUGUGUCCGCGCCAUCUUGUCUUCGAGCUCAGCGUGCUGGCCAACCGAGUCCUAGAACUCCGGGAUUCAAAACCAGGCGUGAAAAAGCGCAAGCGCGAGCUCGCACGACCCGCCACUACCGGCGGCGAGGGGUUGAGCCCGCGGUCGAAACGGUCUUUGGGUGAUUCUGCCGAGAAAAGCAGGGAGUCGGAGCCCUUCCUCGAGUCUCAGUUGCCGCGGAGUGAUCCUUUCGAGGUACCUCAGAUCCCCCGCAUGGAUGGUGGUAGCGGUAGCGGUAGCGGAGAUGGCCCUUCUGUUGAAACGCCGAAUCCUGAAUCUUGGGCUGAUACUACACCCCUUCCGCUGGAAGGAGUGAGGGUUUACAUUAUACAUGUCAAGGAUAGUCUGGCUGACGGGGAGCCACCUGGAGUUCAGAUAAUCGAGGAACUUCGGGCCCAUGGUGAAGCGGCGCAUUUGGGUUGUGAAUUCCUACUUCCGAAUCCUGCUGAGGAGAUUUGGAUUUGA